AUGACCAGUCGCACCGAUUCCGGGCUGCCCAAUUCCUCUGUUGACAUCAUCCUAGUUAUCGCCGCCGACGGUCUCUAUAAGAGGGAUGUUUUCCGCUUCCCCGACCCCUUCGCCGUCGCAACCAUCAACGGAGAGCAGACGAAGACGACGACCGUCAGCAAGAGGACUCUCAACCCGUACUGGAAUGAGAGCUUUGACUUCCGUUCCAACGAAGAUAGCAUUUUGGCAGUCCAGGUCUUUGACCAAAAAAAGUUUAAGAAGAAGGACCAAGGUUUCCUGGGCGUCAUCAAUAUCCGAGUUGGAGAUGUCAUGCCCGAACUGAGUGCGGACGCUGACGACCAGAUGCUUACACGAGAUCUGAAGAAAUCAACCGAUAACCUUGUUGUUCAUGGCAAGCUAAUCAUUAACCUUUCUUGCAACCUCAGCGCCCCUGCUCGCGGUGGUCAAGCAUCGUCAACUCGACCCUCACUCGGCGCCGGCCCCUCGAACCUUUCCUCCCUCUCCGCACCCCCCUCAGAGAACCGCCCAGGAUCCUCCAUGUCCGGACCAAAUGGAGCUGCCAGCUCGCAGGUCAACCUGCCGCACCGGCCUUCCAGCAUCAACUCUGUUGGCGGCGCCAGCGCUCCUGGGCCAAAUGCCGGUGGACAACCUCGGCAGUCAAACCAGUUGAGUCCAUUCGAGGAUGCACAGGGGCGUCUGCCUGCUGGUUGGGAACGCCGUGAAGACAACCUCGGACGUACUUACUACGUUGACCACAAUACUCGAACGACGAGCUGGAACCGUCCGACUUCGACUGGCACCCAGCAGGAACAGCGAAACGACAGAGAGGCGGCCACUCAGGUGGAGCGACAGAGACACCAGAACCGUACCCUACCUGAGGACCGAACUGGCUCCAACUCGCCUACUCUUCAAGCACAGCAGCCUCAGCAAUCAUCAUCCCCGACCGCUAACGCCGGCGCGGUGAUGCACACCGGGGCUACAAGCCCAGGCUCUGGCGAGCUACCACCAGGAUGGGAACAGCGAUGGACGCCUGAGGGUCGACCCUACUUUGUUGAUCAUAACACCAGAACUACCACUUGGGUUGAUCCGCGCCGACAGCAGUAUAUCCGCAUGUACGGUGGCCAGAACAACGCCAACGGACAGAUUCAACAACAGCCAGUAUCGCAACUCGGCCCCCUUCCAAGUGGCUGGGAGAUGCGCUUGACGAACACAGCUCGUGUCUACUUCGUCGACCACAACACUAAGACCACAACCUGGGACGACCCACGACUUCCGUCAUCACUCGACCAGAACGUUCCUCAAUACAAGCGAGACUUCCGAAGAAAGCUCAUCUACUUCCGUUCCCAGCCGGCGAUGCGCAUUCUCAGUGGACAGUGCCAUAUCAAGGUGAGGCGAUCUCACAUCUUUGAGGACUCGUUUGCGGAAAUUACUCGCCAAUCGGCUACGGAUCUGAAGAAGCGGUUGAUGAUCAAGUUCGACGGUGAGGAUGGUUUGGAUUACGGUGGUCUCUCGCGAGAGUUCUUCUUCCUCCUUUCACACGAAAUGUUCAACCCCUUCUAUUGUCUGUUCGAGUACUCGGCCCACGACAACUACACCCUCCAGAUCAACCCUCACUCUGGAAUCAACCCGGAACAUCUGAACUACUUCAAGUUUAUUGGCCGUGUCGUUGGUUUGGCUAUCUUCCACCGCCGAUUCCUGGACGCCUUCUUCAUUGGCGCCCUCUACAAGAUGAUGCUUGGAAAGGCAGUCGCUCUUGCGGACAUGGAGGGUGUUGAUGCCGACUUCCACCGAUCUUUGCAGUGGAUGUUGGACAACGAUAUUUCGGGUGGGAUUUUGGAGCAGACGUUUUCGACCGAGGACGAGCGCUUUGGAGUCAUGACAACGGAGGACCUCAUUCCCAACGGACGAAACAUUGAUGUCACCAACGAGAACAAGAAGGAGUAUGUUGAUCUCAUGGUCAAGUGGCGAAUCGAGAAGCGCAUUGCAGAGCAGUUCCAGGCGUUCAAGGAGGGCUUCCAAGAGCUCAUCCCUCAAGAUCUCAUCAAUGUCUUUGAUGAGCGUGAGCUUGAGCUUCUGAUUGGCGGUAUUGCUGAGAUCGAUGUCGAUGAUUGGAAGAAGCACACCGACUAUAGAGGAUACACUGAGUCGGAUGAGGUUGUCCAGAACUUCUGGGCGACGGUGCGCUCGUGGGAUGGAGAGCAAAAGUCUCGACUACUACAGUUCACAACGGGUACUUCCCGAAUCCCUGUCAACGGAUUCAAGGAUCUUCAGGGCAGUGAUGGCCCCCGACGAUUCACGAUUGAAAAAGCAGGAGAGAUUACCAACCUACCCAAGGCACAUACUUGUUUCAACCGACUCGACUUGCCCGCUUAUAAGAGUCUAGAAAUGCUUCAACAGAAGCUCACGAUUGCUGUUGAAGAGACAAUGGGCUUUGGCCAGGAGUAGACGAGACGACAAAGGCACCACUGUUUGGUGGAGAUAUUGAACUUGCAACAUUUACACUACCUAAAGGCGACUGCUGUGGCGUUGCCCUUCAAGACAGCGACCUCUUCUCUCUGCCCCUUCCUCUCGCUCACACACACACAAACUGUUUUGGGUAUUUGCUUUGGUUCAAAGAGUGGACAGACCUGGGUCGUUUGGCGCUGGUGGAUUAAUUGACGUUCAACAUGCGAUUGAUGCAACCCCUGUUUCCCUCUCUGCGCAAGCUCAGAAGCGUAGCGUAUAGACCAGGGACGGCAUCCAAGCCUCGUCGCCCUAGCGGACGAGAUGGGCAUGCCUCGUUGGGUUUGCUCUGUGGUGGGACGCCCUCGUGGGCAUUGUGGAAUUCUUACUCUACAGCUUAAUCGAGGUGGACACCAGAAUCGACGGGGCCCAAGCAAGGAUGAAUGGUGAUCGAUGCUGUUUUGACAACUGGAAAAGAGAGUCUGUACCUCUGUGUAUUACGUACGAUGUCGACGGACGAGACGGAUGGAGCCAGCGAAUUUAGGCGGAGGGAAAGAUAGGGUUCACAGCGCCUCCUUUUUUAACAUUCAUCAUAUACUAUACAAGAACGUUCACUACGU